GGCGAGGGGGAUUAGCGGGACGCCGCGGCCCCGCCUUCCCUCCUCGCAUCCCGGGCGCGAUGAGAGGGGGAGAUGGACCCAAGCCGGCGGGACUGGCACCAUGACAUUCGCCGGCUUCGUGGUGGCGCUGGUGAUAGGGGCGAUCCCAGGAGUCCGCGGGCCGGGGCAGGUCUCCGCCAGCCUCCCGGCCGCCCGCGCCCCACAGCCCCCCGCCGGCUGCCCCGCCGGGGGCUUCCCUGCGGCCCAACGCCCCUGGGCACCGGCGGCGCCCGCUCUGCCCGGCGAGGGGCGACCCGGCUGCGUCCCCGGGGCCGGCCGGGGCGCGGCGGAGCGCGGCCGCGCUGACUGCGAGAGAGGGUCAGUGAGACUCCGGGGAGGCAAGAAUGAGUUUGAAGGUACAGUGGAGGUUUAUUUCAAUGGAAUCUGGGGAACAAUCUGUGGGAGCCAUUGGGACAAUAAUGAUGCAACAGUUGUAUGUCGACAGCUUGCACUUGGGGAAAAAGGUACAGCAAAACACAUACCCUUUUCUGGAUUAGGCCUUAUUCCUGUUUUCUGGAGUGAAGUGCGUUGUCGUGGUGAUGAAGAAAAUAUACUGUUAUGUGAAAAAGACACCUGGCAAGAUGGGACAUGUCCUCAAAAAAUGGCAGCUGCUGUCACAUGUAGCUCCUCCCUGGGCCCUGUCUUCACUCCGAUCCGGCUGGCUGGUGGGAGCAAUGCCCAUGAAGGAAGAGUGGAAGUCUACCAUGGUGGCCAGUGGGGCACAGUCUGUGAUGACCAAUGGGACGAUGCAGACGCUGAAGUUGUCUGUCGGCAGCUCGGCCUUGGGGGUGUUGCCAAGGCAUGGAGCCAGGCUUACUUUGGAGAAGGCUCUGGCCCCGUGCUGCUGGAUGAAGUACAGUGCACGGGAAAUGAACUCUCGAUAGAACAGUGCCCAAAAAGUUCCUGGCGAGAACACAACUGUGGCCACAAAGAAGAUGCUGGUGUUUCCUGCACACCUCUCACAGAUGGUGCACUGCGGCUCACAGGUGGGAAGGGCAGUCACGAGGGCCGCCUGGAGGUCUAUCACACAGGGCAGUGGGGCACGGUCUGUGAUGACGGCUGGACGGAGCUGAACACGCAGGUGGUUUGCUGGCAGCUGGGAUUUAAGUAUGGAAAAAGUGCAGGUAUGGAAAAACAGAGCUACACAGAAGGAAUCUCUGGGCCCAUCUGGUUGGAUGAUGUGAUCUGCUCUGGGAAGGAGACAAACCUUCUGCAGUGCUCCCGGCGGGAGUGGGGGAAGCAUGACUGCAACCAUCAGGAGGAUGUCAGACUCAUCUGCCACCCAGAAAACGACAGCCACAAGCGCUCACUUGGUCCUCCCAUCAGGCUGAUGGAUGGUGAGAAUAAGAAGGAAGGACGUGUGGAGAUUUUUAUCAAUGGCCAGUGGGGCACAAUUUGUGAUGAUGGAUGGUCUGAUAAGGAUGCAGCUGUAGUCUGCCGACAGCUUGGCUACAAAGGUCCAGCUAGAGCAAGGACAAUGGCCUAUUUCGGUGAGGGCAAAGGCCCAAUCCAUGUGGAUAAUGUCAAGUGUACAGGAAAUGAGAGAUCCUUGGCAGACUGCAUUAAGCAGGACAUUGGGACGCACAACUGCCGGCACAGCGAGGACGCAGGGGUCAUCUGCGACCACCUAAGCAGGAAAAUCCCUGGGAACAGCAAUAAAGAUUCUCUUGCUUCUGUUUGUGGGCUGAGGCUACUCCAUCGUCGACAAAAGCGAAUAAUUGGUGGGAAAAAUUCUUUACGGGGCGGCUGGCCGUGGCAGGUGGCACUGCGGCUGAAAUCCUCUCAUGGUGACGGGAGACUCCUGUGUGGUGCUACUCUCAUCAGCAGCUGCUGGGUCCUCACUGCUGCACACUGCUUUAAAAGGUACGGCAACAACACUCGCAACUACGUAGUGCGGGUUGGAGACUAUCACACGCUGGUGCUGGAGGAGUACGAGGAGGAAAUCGGAGUCCAGGAGAUUGUGGUGCACAAGGACUACAGGCCUGACAGCAGCGACUACGACAUUGCCUUGCUGAGGCUGCAGGGGCCCGAGGAACAGUGUGCAAGGUUCAGCACCCACGUUCUACCUGCCUGCUUGCCACUGAGGAGGGAGCGACCACAGAAAACUGCUCCCAACUGUUUCAUCACUGGAUGGGGUGACACAGGACGGGCUUAUUCAAGAACACUGCAACAGGCUGCGAUCCCCUUACUUCCCAAGAGAGUGUGUGAAGAGCGCUACAAAAGGAGAUUCACAGGAAGAAUGCUCUGUGCUGGAAACGUGCAGGAACAGAAACGAGUUGACAGCUGUCAAGGAGACAGUGGUGGACCACUGAUGUGUGAACGCCCAGGGGAAAGCUGGGUUGUGUACGGUGUGACCUCCUGGGGCUACGGCUGUGGGGUCAAAGAUUCCCCAGGUGUCUACACAAAAGUAUCAUCUUUCGUACCCUGGAUUAAAAGUGUGACCAAACUGUAAAUACCCAUAAUGAAAACCAAACUUUGAGGCAGGACAACUUGAACAGCACAUGCAGUGCACAGCUGUGAUGGAAAUAGACAUUCUCCUGAUUCAUGUGUUUUUGUUUUCAUUAAACCCAAGCUGUAUACACUCAAGCCUUCCA